UCCAGCAGCAGAAACAUGAGGUUUGGGAGGCUCCUCCUCCUGGCCGUGCUCCUGGCUGGGGUGAGCCAGCUGCCUGCUGUCUCUGGCCGGAAGAAGGGAGAGAAGCCGGGAGGCUGUCCCCCAGAUGAUGGUCCCUGCCUCCUGUCGGUGCCUGACCAGUGCACAGAUGACAGCCAGUGUCCCUCAACCAUGAAGUGCUGCCCCAGAGCUUGCUUCCGCCAGUGCAUCCCCAGAGUCUCGGUGAAGCUGGGCAGCUGCCCUGUGGACCAACUGCACUGCCUGAGCCCCACAAAGCAUCUGUGUCACCAGGACUCGAACUGCUCAGGCAAGAAGCGGUGCUGCCCCACCGCCUGUGGCCGGGAUUGCCGAGAUCCUGUUAAAGGUACAGCUACUGGGUGCCUGGGGCAGGUACCUUCCUUCUUGAGGGCCCAGCUCUAA